AUGUUGGUGUUGUUUGAAACAGCGGCAGGAUAUGCCAUGUUUAAGUUAUUGAGCGACAAAAAAAUGAAAAACGUCGAUAAUAUAUAUGAAGAGUUCAGCACGGCAGAAAAAGCACAGGAAAAUUUGCAAUUGGUUGCCUUCAAGAAAUUCAAAAGCACAGCUGAAGCAGUUGAAAGUGCAUGUGCUCUGCAUGAAGGAAAAAUGAACAAAACCUUAAAAAAAUUGCUCAAAGGAAAAGUCGGCGAAAAUGAGCAACUUGCCGUGGGUGACACAAAAUUAGGCAAUUUGAUCAAGGUAAGCCAAUUUACUUCAUUUUUCUUUAUUUUUGUGCCUAUAUUUCUCGCUUUUUCAUAUUUUAAUAUGCUACUUUAUAUACUAGGCUCCGUAUCCUUAAUAAUACUGUGA